GGUCCCGCUCUAUGGUGCGAGCCGGCAGCCGGCCGGAAGCAGCUCGAGGCGGAAGCGAGGGUUGGGGCCAUAGAGAGCGGCGCGGCGCGGGCUAGAGCGGCGCUGCGCGGAGGUUUGUUUCCAGAGUGCAGAGACAAUGCUGUGGAAAGGAGCCGCUUAACCUCCCACAAUGCCCUUUUCUGACUUUGUCUUAGCACUGAAGGACAACCCGUACUUCGGGGCUGGGUUUGGCCUCGUUGGAGUGGGUACAGCCCUGGCGUUAGCCCGGAAAGGGGCCCAGUUUGGGCUAGUGGCUUUCAGGCGCCAUUAUAUGAUCACCUUGGAGGUGCCCAGCAAGGAUAAGAGCUACCACUGGCUGCUGAACUGGAUCUCCCACCAUGCCAAGCACACGCAGCACCUCAGCGUUGAGACGUCAUACCUGCAGCAUGAAAGUGGGCGCGUCAGCACCAAGUUCGACUUUGUCCCCAGCCCUGGGAACCAUUUCAUCUGGUAUCGCAGGAAGUGGAUUCGCAUCGAGCGUAACCGGGAGAAGCAGAUGAUUGACUUGCACACAGGGACCCCCUGGGAGUCCGUCACCUUCACUGCGCUGGGCACCAACCGGGAGAUCUUCUUCAAUAUCCUCCAUGAAGCCCGGGAGCUGGCGCUGCAGCAGCAGGAAGGGAGGACGAUCAUGUACACAGCCAUGGGAGCAGAGUGGCGGCAGUUUGGCUUCCCCCGUCGCCGCCGGCCUCUCAGCUCGGUGGUGCUGGAGGAAGGUGUGUCAGAGAGGCUGGUCCAGGACGUGAAGGAGUUCAUCGACAACCCCAAGUGGUACAGCGAGAGAGGGAUCCCCUAUCGAAGAGGCUAUCUGCUGUAUGGUCCUCCUGGCUGUGGGAAAAGCAGCUUCAUCACAGCCCUGGCCGGGGAGCUGCAGUACAGUAUCUGCCUGCUGAGCCUCAGCGACCGCAGCCUCUCCGAUGACCGGCUCAACCACCUCCUGAGUGUGGCACCGCAGCAGAGCAUCAUCCUGCUGGAGGACGUGGAUGCUGCCUUUGUCAGCCGGGACCUUGCUGCUGAGAACCCGGCUGUGUACCAAGGGAUGGGGCGCCUGACCUUCAGCGGCCUCCUCAAUGCGCUGGAUGGUGUGGCCUCCACGGAGGCCAGGAUCGUCUUCAUGACCACCAACUAUGUGGAUAGGCUGGACCCAGCCCUGGUGCGGCCUGGCCGCGUGGAUCUCAAGCAGUACGUGGGCCACUGCUCCCGCUGGCAGCUUGCCUGCAUGUUCCAGCGCUUCUACCCGGAGCAGCCCCUGGCUGCAGCUGAGCGGUUUGCAGAGCAGGCACUGGCGGUCUCCAAGCAGAUCAGCGCUGCCCAGGUGCAGGGCCACUUCAUGCUCUACAAGAUGGACCCCGAAGGAGCCAUUUCAAACAUAAGCUCCAUCCUGUUGUGACCAGGGGCCGGCUUCCUCCUGCCACACUGAGGGCUGGGACAAGGACGUGCCUAUCCUGGGGAUGUCAUGAAGCUGCCCAGCCACGCAGGCCAGCUCUCUGUUCAUCUCUCCUCGCCAAGGUCUUGGAUUUUUAUUAAAACAUGAGGAGAGUCAGGGCUGCCAGCCUUCCAGCAGGGAGAAUCAGCUCUUGCUGCUCCCCAGACUGGGAUGCUACCACACCAGCCCCGCUCACCAGCGCGUGCCUCAUGCUGGGAUUGCCAUAAGCUGCCGUGGCUCCUGGAUGUGAUUCGCCUUCCUUGUGGGGUGGCCUGGCGGGGGUCCAGAAGGCAUUUCCCUGGGCCAGGACAUUGGGGCACUGCACUGCUAGAGCUGCUGGUCUUUGAAGGGACAGCAGCCUUCACUGGUUUGUGAAUAUCUUCUGUGAAGUGCACAACAUGGCUCUUGGCUCUGUG